AUGUCUUCACUGCGCCCAGAACUCCCCGAAGAUGAAUCUCUCUUCGGAUCACCGGUCCCAAAACCAUCUCCAAAGCUCUCCAACGACAAAUCUCUCUUCGGGUCACCGAUCCCGGAAUCGAUUCUAGGGCUCCCCGAAUAUGAAUCUCUCUUUGGAUCACCAGUCCCAGAAUCAACUCUAGAGCUCCCCGAACAUGAAUCUUUCCCCAAGCCACCAGCCCCGAAACCAUCUCUAAUACUCCCACAAUGCAACAAAACCGCGCCAGAGGAAUCUGUGCCCGAGCUACCGACCCCAGAACUAACUCCAGUCGUACGUGGUGGCAUCAAAACGGGACAGCCGAACCGGGGGAAAUUAAAAGAGAACGUGGUCUCUGAUGUGGAAAAAGCCUUGGCACUACAAAGAAUUACGGCUACCCCUACUGUCAAGUUCGAGGAUCUGAGUCCCGAAAAGCAAAAGCUCGUCGUGUCACAACUGAAGCGGUUCAUCAAAGAAGAGCAGGAGAGAAGGGACAAGAAAAGACAGGAGAUAAAACAGUCCAACGACGAUGCAUACGUGGCUUAUCAAAAAGCCAAAAGGAACAGGGCCAAGCUGAGAGCUGAAGCCAAGAGAAGGACAGCUACGAAGACGAAUGGUCCCUUAUCUGGCUCACAGCCGCUGAUCCCAGGCCAGCUCAACAUGCCUCAGGAUCCGAUCGUUCCACGCGCGGCCAUCGACAAUAAUGAAGAUCGUGGCGCCGUGGGAGCAUUUGGCUGGUUCGAAGGCCUGGAACGUAUGUACUAG